CAGUUUAACGAAGCCUCUGAUUGGCUGUGCGGUGUAAACACCAUUGAAAUAGAGUAGGCGCUUCAGUCCAUUGGUCAUCAACACUCCGCUGAAACGUGCAGUAUACGUUGGAAAUCGAAUAAGUGAAAAUGAGUCUCCGGAAGCAGACACCGAGUGAUUUCUUGAAGCAGAUCAUUGGAAGACCAGUGGUGGUGAAACUGAACUCUGGUGUGGAUUACAGAGGGGUUCUUGCUUGCCUUGAUGGCUACAUGAACAUUGCUGUGGAACAGACAGAGGAAUAUGUCAAUGGUCAGCUGAAGAACAAAUAUGGGGAUGCAUUUCUCAGAGGAAACAAUGUGUUAUACAUCAGUACCCAGAAGAGGAAGAUGUGAAGCCAUUUUACUUGUUUCUUUAUUCAGUGUUAGAUAAUUGAAUUAUUGUUUACUGUAUAUUCUUAAUCCUUUGUUACAUGACAAUAAUAUCCAAGUUUCUUUAAUGUUUUGUAACACAAAGUGUUGGUGGUCUGCACAGUGUAAUGCAGUAAAUAAUUUCUUUUCCAACCAUA